GUCAUUUGACCCCGUCAGUUCAGUAGCAGAGACAUCUGUGCUUCUUACGUUGUGUGUAGAGGGUGCAGGUCGAAGAAUGCUACUUGUCAUAUUCGUUUUGUCGCUCUUCGCAAACGCGGCGAUAUCUUCUCAAGGGUGCUCCGAAAAUCUAAAAGACAGCAGCAUGAUGGUGCGCAUAUGCGACGACCGUCGAGUAAUGAAGUCGUGUGAGACCGGUUAUGCUAUGGACGGACCGAAGAUGGAUUUUUGUCACCAAGGACACCUCAUGGACGAGCAAUCGAAGUGCAUACCAAUAUUAUCUAGUGAUGAUUCGAUGGAUGACGAGUCAUCAAGUAUGGAAUCUACAUCGUCAGACAGAGACAGUACUCGAAUGGACGCGUCUAGCGAAAAAAUGAUGAGUUGUUCUAGAAUGCAGCGCGUGCGCAAGGCGGUAUCGCAAAUGACCGACGCGGAAAUGCGAGAGUUUGCUAAGACCGUCAGGAAAGUUUCCACCAACAAACGAUUUCACGACACGUGGCGUAGACUGAAAGAGCUUCAUGACAAAGUUUUCUACCAAGUUCACAGACCCGGCCAGUUCCUAGCCUUCGUACGUUUCUACUUGCUAGCAGACGAGAACUUGUUAUGCAAUGCUAAUCCGAAUGUCGUCAUACCCUACUGGGACUUUACAUGUUGGUCUUCCAAUCCGUUGGAAGCUCCCGUGUGGAGUGACGACUUUUUGGGCGGCGACGGAGAUCCGAACAACAACAUGUGCGUCACUAGCGGCCCGUUCUCUUCCAACCGGUGGCGCCUACCAGACGGGCAGUGUCUUAAACGCCACAUUCAAUGUCCAUUCCCGCCACCGAAAGCUGUAGAAUGGAUAAUGCAAUGUAGAGAUUUCGAAUGCUUCGAGUUGCGCAUGAAAAUCACGAUUCACGAUCAAGCUUACGGUUCUAUGGGAGGUACGGUGGCGACAAGAAAUGUUAGCAGCUUCGCUCCAGAGACCGAUCUCAUGCAUGCAUUCAUUGACAAGUUAUGGGUCGACUGGCAGAAGAAAAUGGGAACGAGCGCCGAUCGGUAUCCCAAGGAUAUGGACAUGUUGAUUGGAGGCACACCUUACACCGUUCGCCAACUAUUAGACAACAGUAAUCUACCCGGAGGCGUCUCGGUCACUUACCAAGAGUCGGAGUGCGAGAAUAGACCGACCGCCGGCGUUUGUCAAGGCUGCGAGAGCAGCGAAUCGACGGAGUGGUUAUAUACGCCGCUCUUCGAGCCUCUUCGCAUAUACAGGACCACCUUACAAACUGGUAGUCGACGCAUUCUGUAUGACUCCACGCGAUACAUCAAUGGAAAAAAUGACGACAUGAUGAUGAUAAUGAUGGAGAUGAGUUGCGGUAAUGAUGUGAUGAUGUCGUGCCCUAAUGGUUACAUGAUGGACGGACCAAAAAUGACAAGACGCUAUCAGCACGACCAGAUGUCUACCUGUAUGCCAAUUGUGCAAGAGGGUCAAGGAUAUGAAGCUCGAGGACGCGGUACUCAAAGUGAAGCAUCUCUUCGGUCAAAAGCAAUAUUUGAUACUUGCCCUAAAUCAUCUCUUCCCUACAUGUUCAAUACUACUUGUAGUGUCAAGCGGCGAGUUCGCAAGGAGAUGACUAGUAUGACGGCUGCAGAACGACGGCGAUACAUCAACGCGGUCGUGGAACUAUCGACUAACGUCAAGUACGAGAUGAAAUACAGAAGACUACUGGACGUUCAUCAACAGGUGGCGGACGUCGAUCGCCACCAAUGGUUUGCUUUCAAUCGCUGGUUUGUAAUGGAAUACGAAAAUCUCUUGUGUGAAAUCGACCCGGAAGUGACCGUUCCCUAUUGGGACCCCACCUGUUGGUCGUGUAAUCCGAUGGCGGCACCAAUUUGGAGCAGAGAUUUCAUGGGAGGAGACGGAGACCCUAAUCAAGACUACUGCGUUACGGACGGACCGUUUGCAAAGGGCAAGUGGUCUCUCCCUUGCAAUCAUUGUCUCAAGCGUCAAAUCCAGUGUCCAUUCCCACCGCCCGCCAUAGUCAAUCAAGCGAUGAGCUGCGACGACUUCGCGUGCGUGAACAUGUAUCUCCACUCGACAUUCCACUUGCAAAUGCACGGUCACAACGGAGGUACGAUGACUUCUCAGGCGGCCGCGUACGCGCCAGAGUAUAUGCUCUAUCACGCGUAUCUCGACAAGCUGCACGACGACUGGCAACGUUCGCGCGCGCGUUCUGAGUCGGACGUUGAUAUGAAUGCGUACGUAAUGAAAUCGCAGCACAAGGUGCGAGACAUGAUCGACUCACGCAAUCUUCCCGGCGAAAUUUCAGUCACUUACCAGCCACACGUUUGCAGCGGUAUGCCGGAGAUUUGUCGCUGUACGAGCUGUUAUAGCAACAAAGAGAUGCCAUACACUCCUAUGUUUGAACCCCUUCUCUGGUUCAACGUGUCUGAGAGCGAAAUGCGUGCCUUGCAAGAGUCUUUCAUGAUGAUGAACGAAUGAGAGUGCAUGGAGCAGAGGGAAAGCCAAUUAUAGAAGUGCUUUCCAACUGUUCCUAGUGAAUCCGAACAGAACGGUAUCGUGCUAGACGUGUCCUAGUGAUUUGUCUUGAAUGUUGCUGUUGCUUUGACUGCUAAUCUUGUGCUGCUGUAGUGAUUAUCUAGUGAAUAAAUGUUCGAGUGCAUUGAAUUCAUCGGUAGAAAAGCAAAAUGCUCACUAGAAUACAGGGUAGACGCUGCACUACUCAUGUGAAUGCAUGUGC